UUCUGACAAUCAUAUGUUACCUAACCUAUUAUAACCUCAAUGUUUACUUUUAUGCAAUAUAUAUAGAUUAUAAUUUAAAUAACAUACAAAAGAAAUGAGACCGGCAAAUAAUCAGGCUGCUCAAGAGGAAAAUAAUCCCUGUUUAAAAGAACAUAAUUUAUCAUUGAAAUGUUUGAAUGAUAAUAAUUACAAACACGAUGCCUGUGAAGCUCAUUUUGAAAAUUACAAGCAGUGUAAAGCAUUUUGGAAUAAAAUAAAAUCAGAGCGAAGAAGGCAAGGUAUACGUCCGACAUUACCACCUUUACAUAUGAGGGAACAAAUAAAGCAAGAAUAUUUUUCGCAAUUUAAAUGAAUACAAUGAAUCUUGUUAUAAAAGCAAUA